AUGAACGGGGCCGUGGUGCGGCGCACGCAGGAGUCGCUGGGGCGGGUGAUCCGCAAACCGCCCCUCACCGACCGGCUGCUCAACAAGCCCCCCUUCCGCUACCUGCACGACGUGAUCGGCGAGGUAAUUAGAGUGACUGGUUUUAUGAAUGGGCUUUACACAGAUUUUGAGAUGAAAUCUGAUAAUGUUAAGGAUAAAGAUGCCAAAAUCAGCUUUCUCCAGAAGGCUAUUGAUGUUGUCAUAAUGGUAACAGGGGAGCCAUUGUCAGUGAAGCCGGCACGUAUUGUAGCUGGACAUGAACCUGAAAGAACCAAUGAGUUUCUCCAAGCAAUUGGAAAAUGCUGUCUCAAUAAGUUGUCCAGUGAUGAUGCUGUGAAGAAGGUGCUUGCUGGGGAGAAAGCUGAUAUCAAAGGAAAGCCUCCAUCUACUUCUAAAUCUCAAGAUAAAGAAAACAGAGAAUCCAGGGCAGAAGAACAAAAAAGCCAUAAGGAUAAAGAGGGUAGAGGGGACAAUGAAAUAAAAGAUAGAAGUACAAGCCGGGACAGAAAACCUAGAGAAGAGUUGAAAGAAGAAGAGAAGAAACAAAAAGAAAAGGAGAGAGACAAGCAUAAAGAUAAUGAGGACAGGCACAAAGACCUUGAAGCAGACAAUUUUAGAGAAGGUGAAAAGCAUGAAAGAGAGAAAAGCAAGAACAGAACCUCCAAACAAGGAAGAGAAACAGAAAAAAGUAGAGACAAAGAAAAAGGAGAUGUGGAACAAGAAAAAGAUCUGGAACAUGAUAAAGGACGGGAGAAGGAAAGAAAAAAUGAAGGAGGAAAAGAAAAGGAAAAAUUGAAAGAAAGGGACAAAGAGAAGGGCAGGGACAAAGACCGUGAGAAAGACAGAGAUAGGGGAAAAGAGAGAGAGAGGGACAGACGAAGAGAACGAGGCAAAGAUGGGGAACGCUUGAAAGAACGAGGAACGGAUAAAAAGCAGAAAAAGUCCACAGGAUCUGAGGAUACUUUAGCUAAGAAAACAGAGAGAUCUUCUAAAGACACCAAGACUGAGCCAGAUAAAGAGAGUGGAAGUCCUGCAAGAAUACCAAGGCAGUCUUCAACAAAGGGACCCAGGCAACGAGUCAAACCUGGAGCAGAAGGUUCUUCAUUCCAGCUGAUUAGGUCACCACCUGCAGUUAGAAGAAAGGAAUCUAAAAACAGUGAAGCUAGUGUCUCAACUGAAAAAAAGCUUAGCCCUUCAUAUAUGAAAGCCAGGAAGGACACUAUAGUGAAACAGCUAGGAAGAAAGGAAGCUAGUAAAACUGCCACUAGUGCCUUGGUUGAGAAAGCAGCUAGUAUAUUAAAAGAGAAAGCUGAGUCAGUCAUUACAAUGCAAGAGCCAGGUGUACUGGAAACGAAUAGUCCUGCAGAUAACGUUUCAGAUGAAAAAGCAGCUAGCAUAUUACAUGCAAAAGCUGAACCUAGACCUGCAAUAAAACACCAAGGAGAAUCUGCCAGUGAUGCAGAAGGAGAAGGUGGAAACCGUGCCUCUGAGAAGCCAAUGGUGUCCGAGAAUGGCGAAGUAUCUAAUGAUCUUCCACCUCACGUCACCCAAAGAAGACCACCACGUCCCAAUAGUGCAAGGCCAGCUCCCCCCCGGAUAAAACGACAAGAAAGUGCAGAGGUUUUACUUCCAGAGAGGAAUGGCAGCGGUAAAGCCGUCUCAAAUGUGAUCAUAGACAAACAGAAUUCUGAUGAUGAAGAUGAUCAGUUUGUAGUGGAGGCAGCACCACAGCUACCUGAAAUGCCAGAAAUGGAAACGGAGCCAAUAGUGGAGCUGGAUGGUGAUGAGAAGCAUGGUGGUCUUGUAAAAAGAAUCUUGGAAACAAAGAGAGAUUAUGAGACAUCGCAACAGUCAAAGUCUACAGAUAAGGAGAAGCCGCUUUUGUCAGAAGCAGCCAGGAGAAAGGAGAAGGACCUAGUAUCAAAAGAAAUAGAGAAGUUUCGUGCAUCUAUUCAGACGCUGUGUCGGAGUGCGCUUCCUCUUGGGAAAAUCAUGGACUACAUUCAGGAGGACAUGGACUCCAUGAAGAACGAACUGCAAAUGUGGCAGCAUGAGAACAAGCAGCAUGCAGAGGCUCUCCAGAAGGAGCAGAGCAUCACAGACAGCGCUGUGGAGCCCUUAAAAGCAGAGCUGGCUGAGUUGGAACAGUUGAUUAAAGACCAGCAAGACAAGAUUUGUACUGUAAAGGCUAAUAUUUUAAAGAAGGAAGAAAAAAUCCAGAAGAUGGUUCUCAACAUUAACUUAUCUACGAGAAGGUGA